AGAUCUAGAUCUCAAAUACCAAACGUUCAUAUAAAUUUGAAAUUUGAAUACACACACAUUCACACAUGAUCCCACCCAAUCAAAUCAUAACGAUAGAGAUACUAAAGUAAAGAGGGGCAUUUUGGACAUUUUACACCUAAAAGGUUGGGGUUAACAGUAAUAACACUUCUCUUCCCGUUUUAUACACACACAUCGCUCGCUCCUCUCCGUCGUCGUCUCAUCGCUUUUUCGCUGAAAUCAAAAUUUUCUCCAGUUUUCCGAUCAGACGAAGGAAACCCUAAAAAUGGAUGGUCAUGAUUCUGAGGAUACUAAGCAGAGCACUGCUGAUAUGACUGCUUUUGUCCAAAAUCUUCUCCAACAGAUGCAAACCAGGUUCCAGACAAUGUCGGACUCCAUCAUCACAAAGAUUGAUGACAUGGGAGGCAGAAUCAAUGAGCUGGAGCAAAGCAUCAAUGAUCUAAGAGCCGAGAUGGGAGUAGAAGGCACUCCUCCUCCAGCCUCCAAAUCAGGCGAUGAACCCAAAACACCCGCUAGUUCCACUUAAAAAGGAGGGUGUUUGACAGGUCGGAAGAAAAAAACUAUGAAACUUGUUAAGAGCAGUAUUACUUUUAUAUUCGUGUUUUAAGAAACGAGUUUGUUUUAUCAAAGUUCAUCAAAUAGAUUGAUGAUGUGGUGCAUUACAUUAUUCUUCACUUAUGAAUUGCCUUUCUAUUUUGGUUUUGAGGACU